UCCAACCUGGCUAGAGCAUCUGAGCUUCUAGUGAGUAAUCGGCUUGGCUUGCUGGAUGCGGUUACAGGCUCCCGAAGCCAGUAAUAAGCUGAAGGAAACAUGGCCGGCAAAACCAUUCGCGCAUGCCCCAAGCCGGUGAACCUACUGAACUACGUGAGCAUCGUCAUCUGUCUCGUCACAGGCAGGGUGAUGUUCCUCACCGAGACCACCAAGAGCUCCGUCAUGAUAGACCCAGACAUGCUCGACACUGUCGGCAAGUUCAGGUACACAGACAGAUUAAGCGGCACGAUGAUACAGCAGUCCGUGCAUCCGGUAGUGACCGAGUCCGAGUUCUUGACGUUGCUCCCGGACCUUGCCCGGCCUGGCCACCUGAUGGUGAGAAUGGAGGCACGAGGAGAGGAACGAGAGGAAAGUGGUGGGGAGAGUGGACCGCCGAGGAGAGCCGAUGUUGAGGUGGAUGCCCUCAGUCACCGUCACGGAGAAGUACGUCGUCGUGCACAUGCUUAACCGUGCCGGGUCGCACGCACCAAUGCAGCACGGCGCUGCAACGCUGAAUAUGCUAUCUGCCACACGUACGUGCCGCCCCACACCGAGAGGAGAGGGGGCAUUCAACCGGAAGCAAAUUCUAUAGGAUUUUUCUAUGAAAGGUCUUCGUAAGAUUCUGAUCUAACUACACAUCUUUUGAUUCAACGGCUAGACUGAAGAAAAGAGUGAGGGAGGAGACACACGUCAUCAUAUGGAAGGAGUUCUUUCGUAGAAUCCAUAUAGCCUAG